AUGUCACAGACCAGGUGCACCACCAACUUCCAUUCAACAUUGACACUCUCCUACAACUCUCACAUUCUCCUUCCUGAAGAAACAGAAAAGCAAGCUGAUUCGCUUGUUGCAACAUCUAGGGUCUACCUCGAUAUUACACGUGGUGGCAAGCCGUUAGGAAGGGUCGUGAUUGCACUGUUCAAGAGGACACCUAAAACUAGUGAAAACUUCAGAGUCCUGGCUAUUGGUAACACGAAAUCUGCCAGUGGUACUCCCUUGGCCUACAAGGGAUCCAGCUUUCAUCGAAUCAUCAAAAAUUUUAUGAUCCAAGGUGGUGAUUUCACCAAGGGAGAUGGAACCGGUGGUGAAUCAAUUUACGGUAACAAAUUUCCAGACGAGAACUUUUUAUACAAACACGAAGGUCCUGGGACGCUAUCAAUGGCAAACGCAGGUCCAGACACCAAUGGCUCUCAGUUUUUCCUUUGCACCGUCACGACUUCUUGGUUAGACGGGAAACACGUCGUGUUUGGCAAGGUUGUUGAAGGCAUGGACGUCGUCUACGACAUCGAAUCAUCCAAGACUGAUAGCAGAGACAGACCGCUCGAGAAGGUCGUCAUCGCGGAUUCCGGGGAGCUUGAAAUCGAAGAACAAGUAGACGAGGAAGGGAACAAGGUACCUCUCCGAGUCGAGCUAUAG